AUGAGGGAAGUAGUCCAGAUGCACUUCACCACGGUGGACUAUGUCAUCUUUGCCUUGUUGCUUGUUGCUUCGGCUGGCAUCGGCCUCUUCUAUGCCUUCUCUGGCGGCCGCCAGCGCACAACACAGGAGUUCCUGCUCGCGGACCGGUCCAUGAGUUGCCUGCCUGUGUCUCUUUCCCUGCUGGCCACCUUCCAGUCGGCCGUGGCCAUCUUGGGGGCUCCGUCUGAAAUCUACACCUAUGGGACGCAGUACUGGUUCUUGGGCUGCUCCUACUUCCUGGGCCUCCUCAUCCCUGCCCAUGUGUUCAUACCCGUCUUCUACAGGCUGCGCCUGUCCAGCGCAUAUGAGUAUCUGGAGCUACGCUUCAACAAGACAGUUCGUGUAUGUGGGACUGUGACCUUCAUCUUUCAGAUGGUCAUUUACAUGGGUGUAGUCCUUUAUGCUCCGGCCUUAGCACUCAACGCAGUGACUGGAUUUGACCUCUGGGGGGCAGUGUUGGCCAUGGGACUGGUGUGCACGCUUUACACAACUCUGGGGGGUCUGAAAGCAGUGAUUUGGACCGACGUGUUCCAGACAGUGGUGAUGUUUGCAGGGCAGCUAGCGGUCAUCAUUGUGGGGGCAAGCCAGGCUGGGGGCAUCGGCGAGGUGUGGAGGAAGGCGGUCAACGGCAGUCGUAUCGCCAGCCUAGACUUGAACCCUGACCCGUUGGAGCGCCAUACUUUCUGGACGCUGGGCGUGGGUGGGGUCUUCCUGAUGCUGGCUCUGUACGGGGUCAACCAGGCCCAGGUCCAGAGGUACCUCAGUUCCCGAACGGAAAGAGAGGCUGUCAUGUCAUGCUACGUGGUGUUCCCAUGCCAGCAGAUCGUGCUGUGCCUGGGCUGUCUGAUGGGUCUGGUCAUGUUCGCCCGCUACGGAGAGGACAGCCCCCUGGACAAAGGCUACGUCAAAACAAAUGACCAGAUGGUGCUGUACUUUGUGAUGGAUGUGUUCAAGGACCUGCCUGGGCUCCCAGGGCUGUUUGUGGCCUGUCUCUUCAGUGGAGCCCUUAGCACCAUCUCUUCAGCCUUCAACUCGCUGGCAACAGUAACGAUGGAGGACUUGAUAAAGCCCCAUUUUCCAGCCAUGACUGAAGCUAAGGCCACACUGCUCUCCAAAGGAUUAGCACUGGCGUAUGGCCUGGUGUGUCUGGCUAUGGCCUACCUCGCCUCUCUGAUGGGCUCGGUGUUGCAGGCAGCCUUCAGCAUCUUUGGGAUGAUCGGUGGUCCUCUUCUGGGCCUCUUCUGCCUGGGCAUGUUCUUCCCCUGGGCCAACUCAAUUGGUGCGGUGGUUGGUUUAGUAGCGGGCCUCGUGAUGGCAUUCUGGAUUGGCAUCGGCAGUUUUGUGAUGCGUAUGUCCGGCUCAGCCCCCAUGCCACCCAUUAACGCCACAGCCUUGCCCCUCAGCAACCUGACCACUGCUGUCAUGACAACACUGGUCAGCCCAGUCACGCCAAAGCCAAGGCCGACAGGUGUGGAGGCUCUCUAUUCGCUGUCUUACAUGUGGUACAGCGCUCACAACUCAACCACCGUGGUGGUGGUGGGACUGCUGGUCAGUCUGCUCACAGGUCCUAUGAAGGAGAAGGAGUUGACCCCGGGUACAGUUUACCCGAUCCUGGGCAAUCUGCUCUUCUUCCUGCCUCAACGCUACAGAGAGAAGCUGUGCUGUGUCACUCCUCUGCCUCAGAAGUCCAAAAUGGUUGAGACACAGCCUUACCAGAUGGCCAAGAAGGAGAGCAACGGUGAGGCCUACCCCAAGGAGGACGUCGUUGCAGAAGAUGAGACGAAACGAGUAAAGGACAGCAAAGCGGAGAAUGGAGACAAGAAGAGCGGGACUCCCGUGCCUUCCUGUCAGCUGAAGGCACACACGGUCCAGGAAACGGCCUUGUGA